CGUCGGGCCCGCCCCCGUCCCGCCGCGGCCGGGCCAGCGGGGAGGGAGGGCGCGCGGGCCGAGAGGCACCUGGGCGCCCGGAGCCCGCCCGCCGCCGCAGCCUCGCCCGCCCGCCCGCCGCCCGGCCAUGUCCUGGGCCCUGCUCCUCGGGCUCCUGGCCGCGCUGCUGCUCCUGCUGCUGCUGAGCCGUCGACGCUCGCGGCGACCUGGUGAGCCUCCUCUGGACGUGGGCAGUAUCCCGUGGUUGGGCCAUGCCUUGGAAUUUGGAAAAGAUGCUGCCAGCUUCCUCACCAGGAUGAAGGAGAAGCACGGUGAUAUAUUUACUGUGCUGGUGGGGGGCAGGUAUGUCACUGUCCUCCUGGACCCCCACUCCUAUGACACGGUGGUGUGGGAGCCUCGCACCAAGCUGGACUUCCACGCCUAUGCUGUCUUCCUCAUGGAGAGGAUUUUUGACUUGCAGCUCCCACAUUACAGCCCCAGUGAUGAAAAGGCCAAGAUGAAACCGACUCUCCUCCACAAGGACCUCCAGGCACUCACGGAAGCCAUGUACACCAACCUCCGCACUGUCCUGCUGGGGGACGCCACAGAAGCGGGCGGUGGCUGGCAUGAGAUGGGUCUCCUCGACUUCUCCUACAGCUUCCUGCUCAGAGCCGGCUACCUGACUCUGUACGGAGUCGAAGCUCUGCCACGCACCCGUGAGAGCCGGGCCCAGGACCGCACCCACUCAGCUGAUGUCUUCCACACCUUCCGCCAGCUCGACCUCCUGCUCCCCAAACUGGCACGUGGCUCCCUGUCAGUGGGGGAUAAGGACCGCGUGUGCAGAGUCAAAGGUCACCUGUGGAAGCUGCUGUCCCCAGCCAGACUUGCUGCUCGGGCCCACCGGAGCAAGUGGCUGGGGAGUUACCUGCUGUACCUGGAGGAGAUAGGGGUGCCGGAGGACAUGCAGGCCCGGGCCCUGGUGCUGCAGCUCUGGGCCACACAGGGCAACAUGGGUCCUGCUGCCUUCUGGCUUCUGCUCUUCCUCCUCAAGAAUCCUGAGGCCCUGGCUGCUGUCCGUGGAGAACUUGAGCAGCUCCUCUCCAGAACAGAACAGACUGUUUCGCAAAUGACCACCCUCCCCCAGAAACUUUUGGACAGCAUGCCUGUGCUUGACAGCGUGCUUAGUGAGAGCCUCAGGCUCACUGCUGCGCCCUUCAUUACCCGGGAGGUCAUGGUGGACCUGGCCAUGCCCAUGGCAGAUGGGCGGGAAUUCAGCCUGCGACGUGGAGACCGCCUCCUCCUCUUUCCCUUCCUGAGUCCCCAGAAAGACCCGGAAAUCUACACAGACCCAGAGGUGUUUAAGUAUAACCGAUUCCUGAACUCAGACGGGUCAGAGAAGAAAGACUUUUACAAGGACGGGAAGCGACUGAAACACUACAGCAUGCCGUGGGGCGCUGGGCACAACCAGUGCCUGGGGAAGGCUUAUGCCAUCAGCAGCAUCAAACAAUUCGUGUUCCUUGUGCUGGUGCACUUUGACCUGGAGCUGAUCAACCCAGACGCGGAGAUCCCCGAGUUUGACCUCAGCAGGUACGGCUUUGGGGGGAUUCCUACUUCUUACGGCAUCUCUUUGAAGAGAGGACGGUUAUGCCUUCUUUAUGGAUGAGGAGGGGCGCUCAGGGAGGUGCCGUGACUUGGUAGGAUUUGGCAGAAUUCGUGUCCCAGUAGCAAAUGCUGGGUGGGUAGCUCUGUGUUCCUUGGGCUCCAGGCGGGUGGUGGAGGGGCAGUCCUGUUUAGCAUCGCCCAAGACACAGACACACACACAUGUACGUACAGCUCAGUCCCUGUAGCUCUGGCUAGAGGGAGGAGAGGACCUGAGGCCUCCAAACGUUCCAGGGGCUUGGGGGCUUCCCUGGCCCUCAGCCUCCAGGCACCCCCAGGAUUCCCAGACAGACACUGUGAUUGGCAGGAGGCAGGAUAUCCCCAGGGAAACCCAUCUUCACGCCUGGGUGACCCCUGCUGCCACCUGCUUCUUAACUCUGCAGGAAAUCAGGGUUGGCAGCCUUCUGUGGGAGGACGGUGCCGGUUUCCAUGGCAACUGUAGCUGCCUCCUCCUGGCUUGGAAGGGAAGGAAGAAGGCUGGCAGAAGUAGCUGCAGGAAGAUCUCUCGUGCAGGGCUGUACCCUGGUGCGCUGGGGAAAAGCCCCGCUGACGCCCCACAGAUCAGGGCUGCGUGGUCCCCGGGACUAGAUUCUCACCCAUGUCCCCAAAAGGCCAAUUGCUUUUAAAGGUGGCAGCUCCUUGGAGCCACAGUCGUUAGGAAGAGAUGGGUCUCCCACCAGGGAGCCCCAGCUGGCACCAGAGAUAUUGGAGUAGAGCUUGAGAGGUGACGCUUGAAAUCCUCCUUUGUUUUAAUCUUUAUUCUUUUCCCCCUUUUUCCCAUUCUUUAAAAAGAAAUCAAUGUAAACAUAAGGUACAGUGAAAAGAGGGAAAGGUGAGUGUGUUCGCUCCUUGCCACAGGUCAGUUAGGAAGGUACCCGGACAUCGUUGUAUUUCUUCAUAUUUUGCUUUAGAAUCACAAACUUGCAGGACACAUGCUAGAAAUGCUCUUAGGUUGGGGCACCUGGGUGGCUCAGUCGGUUAAGUGUCCGACUUCGGCUCGGGUCGUGAUCUCGCGCGUCAUGGGUUCAAGCCCGGCAUCAGUGCAGAGCCAGCUUUGGAUCUUCUGUCCCCCCUCGCUCUCUGCCCCUCCCCAACUCACACACGCUCCCUUUCCCUCUCUCUCUUUCAAAAUAAAUAAACAUUUUUUUUUUAAACGCUCUUGGGUUGACCUAAUGAAGUGUUUCCCUCCCAUUGUCUUUUUUUUUUUUUGCUAUAUUUUGUAUUGCUGCUUACCAGAUAUUCUCCUUGAAACAGACUCAUUUUUUACACUUAAAUUUGCUUAAAAGGGAACGUUAUUCCAUCACUGCCAGUAACGGACAACAUGUAUCUCUCACUGCCAAAAAUAGAAAGUGGCUGUGAAAUAUAAAUUUGCCGGGGUGGGAGGGCCUCCGUGCCGUGUCGCCAAGGCUCAGAGCCCGAGGUCUGUCUCUUCUCUGUUACAAAAUGAGACAAGGAGGCGGUCCAGGGGUGUUACAGCCAGGCCAGCAUCACCCGAUGCUUUCUCCUUGACAGUCACAGGUGAAGGGGGCAGAGGGUGUGUGUCUGAGCCCAGGGUCUUCUUCUGCCACCAGCCAGCCCUGCUUGCAGUGAGCUGGGGACGUCCCACCCGUUUGUUUUUGUUUUUUGAUAAACACCGUGUUUCGGGAGUAGCCGUGAUUAUUAUGCCUUGCUGUUGUAAUAAAGAGUUCUAUUUUCAUAUAAUAUUGUUGAACAGAAAUGUGCUGAAAUGUAUUAAAUCAUCCUUGUUUGUCGAA